GGUGCAUUUUUUCAUUCACUCCCGUGUGUUGGCUUUUUUUGGGAGGGCGCCCGAACUCUUAUGUUGAAUUAACGUUGUUUUUUUUUGUUUUUUUCUUUUAUUUCUUUUGUCACUUUUUUACGUUUCGUUUUCAGUUCGAUUCGUUGUGAGGCUUCACGAAGGUGAAUAGCCGCGUGUAUUGAAACGCUGUGGGAAUGCCCGUAACAUCAGAUGCCAAACGGGCCCUUGCUCUUCUUGAGCGAGUCCAACAAAGGGUUGCAGCCAACGACGAAGGAAAUGGUGUGGCCUCUCAAGUUCAAGCCGACUUGGAUCUGCUCACCAGCCUUCUACAGAACCCUGUACUGAGGAACAUCUUAAAGCUGGAAGAUUCUCUUGAGGAAUUGAAUCAACAUCUUGUGCAUCACCCAUCCCUUCUGCCUAGUGACUUUGAUAUUGACAAGACAGGCACCCUUGUUGUCAACCAAAACAUCCUCCAAACUCACCGUAGGAUCUCGUCUAAAACAAAAGGAGGAAAGUCAAGCCCUGCUCUGAGUAAUGCAAGUUCAUCCAAGCAGUCAACAGUAUCCCCAGAAACCCACAAAAGAGAAGUGGCUAAAACCGCGGCCGCCUUUCAACAGUCUAUAUUGCAAGCGGCCGCAAAGAGAGAAAUCAUCGCAAUUCAGCUGAACAAGCCGGAAGGACAAAGCCUCGGAUUCAGCGUCGUUGGAUUGAGAUCGGAUCACAAAGGCGACUUGGGUAUCUUCGUGCAGGAGAUCCAACCCACAGGAAUUGCGGGAAGAGAUGGUAGACUGGCCGAGGGCGAUCAAAUUCUGGCGAUUGACGGACAAGUGCUGGAAGCGGCCAUAUCGCACCAAGCGGCCAUCGGGAUCUUGCAGAGGGCUCGCGGCGUCGUCGACUUGGUAGUGGCUCGCGGUGUCAACCCGGAGGUGCCGCACAUCCCGCUCAUCGCUCUACAGCAACAGCAGCAACAACAACAACAGCCUUCGUCCAUUAUCGAAUUGGCACACCAGCAGCAGCAACAGUUGCAGCCGGAACGAGGAGAGGACGGGACACAAGAGGACGUUGAAAAGCAUCAGCAAUCGACGAAGGGAGGGCAGCAGCAGCAGCAGCAGCAGCUGUCGCCGGACAGCGACAGCACGCGCAGCCCGAGUAGUCAGAGUAGCCAGCGCAGUGCUGCCGGCGGCUCGUCGCGGUCCGUUUCGCCCCAGCAACAGCCGGCCGCCGACGUCGCAGCAGACGCAAUCAAGAACACGAACGGUGUCGACGUGGUCGAGAUCAUCACACCGACUCAUCUAGCAGCCACUUUGCUUGGCCGUUCGCCAUCCGCCCUGAGUGACGCAUCCAAGACUGGAGCCGAUAUGGUGCUGAACACGGAAUGGGCCCAGGUGGAAGUGGUCGAUCUAAUCAACGAUGGAUCCGGACUCGGUUUCGGCAUCAUCGGUGGCCGAAGUACGGGCGUUGUGGUCAAAACCAUCGUGCCCGGUGGAGUCUCCGAUCGAGAUGGACGUCUGCAGAGCGGAGAUCACAUCCUUCAGAUUGGCGAAGUCAGUUUACGCGGAAUGGGAUCUGAGCAAGUGGCGGCCGUUUUGCGCCAGUCGGGCACUCAGGUCCGUCUGGUGGUUGCCCGGCCUAUUGAACCCUCAUCGCCCGAUUAUCAGGGCAUGAGCAGCAGUGCGCCGAUCGUGCCCACCAAAGUGCUGGGCGAUCCAGAAGAGCUGGAACGGCAUCUGGCCAUGCAUCAGAACGGCGCCUUCCAAGUUGUAGACCCGUUCAUUGCAAACGCCACCGAUUUGGACGAGAACGCGGCCAUUCUGGCCAUCGACGGAUUUGAUGAUCGUUUCAUUUUCACACCUGCCACCCUGGAAUUGCAGCAUUCGGACGUCCAGCUUCAUGCGGCGUCCAAUGCGCCUCGAAGUGAAGCUGUCAUCCAGUUCAGUGGCUCGCACUUGAGCGCCUCUACGACGGAAGAAACCCUAGAAAUUGACACGGAGUCGUCCGACGUCUGCCAAACGCUGGGCAUGGCCGCCGACGUCAACCUCGACUAUUUGCCCGAAGUGGAGAAUUUCGACGUCCAGCUAAAGAAGGAUAGCCAAGGGCUGGGCAUCACCAUCGCCGGAUACGUCUGCGAAAGAGAGGAGCUGUCGGGCAUUUUCGUGAAAAGUAUCAACCCGGGCAGCGUGGCGGACCUUUCCGGCCGGAUUCAGAUCAACGAUCAGAUCGUUGAGGUGGACGGACAGUCUCUGAGGGGUUUCAACAACCACCAAGCGGUGGAAGUGUUGCGCAGUACCGGCCAGGUUGUCUGUCUGACGCUGGCCCGUUACCUGCGCGGACCAAAAUACGACCAACUCCAGCAGGCGAUGGCCGAGAGCACGGUGGCUUCCGUCACGCCCACCGUUCCAUCGUACCGGCCGCCGUCUCCACCGCCGCCAUCGCCUCCGGCGGUGCCACGAUCUCCCCCGCCCGCGCUGCCCGUCGCCUUUCAAGAAGCCAAAGCGGACGUCCCUUCCGUCUUCCUGAACGGCCAGCAGGACGACGACGAGGAGGAACAGCAACUGCAAGAGCAGCUGAACGAAAGCGCCGACAGUAUCGACGCCAGCCCUCGCCUACCCCAAGUGCCUGAACCCGAGUCUGACCAAUUGAUGGAUCUGGAUCGAUUCGACCCCCUUGCCUCGCCAAAUAACGCUCUGGAUUAUUCGUCGCUGUCGCCGGAAGAGCUUGACAAGCUCAUCGAUCACGUCUACUCGGCCAAGCUCUCGCCACAAUGCGAGGCCGCCAUUAUCGCGAAAUGGCGAUCAAUGGUGGAGGAGGACGUGGACAUUGUCGUGGCUCAGUUGUCCAAGUUCCAGCCUUCCGGAGGACUGGGCAUCAGCUUGGAGGGCACUGUGGACGUGGAGGAGGGUCGCGAAGUUCGACCUCAUCAUUACAUCCGCUCGAUCCUGCCCGAAGGCCCCGUCGGCUCGAACGGGAUCCUCCACAGCGGCGACGAGCUCCUCGAAGUCAACGGACGGAAAUUGCUCGGCCUCAGCCACGUCGAAGUGGUGUCGAUCCUCAAAGACCUUCCGCAGUCGGUCCGCAUGGUUUGCGCCCGUCGCCAGACCCACCUGCUGCCCACCCAGCUGCCUUCACGGCCAAUCGAUGCGACGCAAGAUCGAGCGGCCUUCGCCUCUAGGAAUAUCCUUGGAGGUAGCCUGCAGAGCCUCAUUCCGCCGGGCGACCGAUUGGUCAAAGCUAAAUCGGACGGUUCGCUGGCUUCCACGUCGGUGUCGCCGGCCGCCGAUUCUCCGCUCUCAAAGAGCCAUCGAUCGCGCAGCCUGGAGCCGCUCAGCGGCCUGGCCACGUGGAGCUCUGAACCGCAGGUCAUCGAACUCGUCAAGGGAGAUCGUGGACUCGGUUUCUCCAUUCUCGACUAUCAGGAUCCCAUGAAUCCGAGCGAGACAAUCAUCGUCAUCCGCAGCCUGGUGCCGGGUGGCGUAGCCCAGCAGGACGGACGUCUCAUACCCGGCGACCGGCUCCUCUUCGUCAACGACAUCAACUUGGAGAACGCGUCCUUGGACGAGGCCGUCCAGGUCUUGAAGGGCGCUCCGAGAGGCCUCGUCCAGAUCGGCGUCGCCAAGCCGCAUCCCGUCUCGCUCAACGAGAGCGGCGCCUCCAAUGGCGCUAGCGGCCCAGGGGCUUCCGAGAUGCAGAGACACGAUAUGAACCGUUCUUCCAGUAGUAGGAGUAGUGAAAGUAGUUCGAGCAGCAACAGCAGCGAAGACGAGUACCUCUAUCAAGUCCAGGAUACGUCGAUGUCGAUGUUUCUUCCGCCGCCUCCUUUGCCGCAGACGGAGCCUCCUGAUACGGAUUCGUCUGAAUCCGAAAUGCCUAAUCCGCUUUUGGUGAACGUGUCGACGGAACGAUCGUCUUCGCUGUCGGGUGUCGGAUCCGACCGUCAUUACCAUCCGGACGGUGGCGUUGGCGUAGCGGAGUUGGCGGCUGCGCCGCUGCCCACAGCGCUAGAACGUACCGUUCGCAUCAAGAAAGGCGGCGAUCCGCUCGGCAUUAACGUCGAAGUGGUGGACGGUGGCGCCAGCGGAGUGCUGGUCACGUCGGUGGCCAAGAGCGGGGCCGUCCACCGGGACGGUCGCAUCCGAACGGGCGAUUUCCUCGUCUCUGUCAAUCACGAAACGAUGAGAUGCGCCACCAACGCACAGGCCCGGGCCAUCCUCCGCCGUACACAGCUCGUCAGCACCGAUGUCAGUAUCGUGUACAUCCCGGCCGGCGACGCGGCCAUCUACCGACAAACAGCCCUAAUGACGCAGCUCGCACAAGACAUGGAUAGUAAUGCCUCUGUUGUCAAACCCUCUUCCUCUUCCUCCACCACCAUGACCACCACUGCGACUAGGAUAUAUCCCCAAUAUUAUCGCUCGCCUUCGGUGACGGUGCAGCCACGGCCCAUUUCGCCGCCGCCGCACGUGCAACACGUCCAAGCCGAGGAGGUGCCGACGACGCAAGCGGAAGGUGAAACAACAAGAACAACGACGAGGACGGAGGAGGGAGACGAUCAACAAGAGGAAUUGGCGGCCGUGUCGGGUGUCCCGCCGCGGGUCACGAACGAACAGGAUCUAGAACGAGGAGGAGAAAGUCUUGCAGCCGCUUGGCAAAGAGCCGAAACGCCGCAGUUGGCCAUCGAUCCGUCAGUCCAGUCGCAACCGUCGUCUGCUCUCAACUCGACGGCAAUCACACAGCAGGUGGCUCAUUCGAACGCAAGCGCCAAAGGCAGCGGGAGCGUGUCUGCAACGAACGGAACGAGCGGAAUGAUGGCCAUUUACUCACGUCAUUGGGGCCCCGAGCGCAGCGUCCAAAUUGUGCGCGACCCCACCAAAAGUCUUGGCAUCAGCAUCGUCGGUGGAAAGGUGGACGUGGCCUCGGGCAGUGGAGCGCCCAUAACCGGUAUCUUCAUCAAGAAUGUCCUUCCUGAAAGUCCAGCCGGUCGAACUGGACAGUUACGGACUGGAGACCGGAUUUUAGACGUGGACGGCGAAAACUUGCGUGAAGCCAGUCACGAAAGAGCCGUCGAAGUCAUCCGCAAAGCUGGAAAUCGUGUCACUUUCCUCGUUCAAUCUCUCGUCGACUUCGAACAAGAGCCGAAUGGGCCGACUGGUUCUUUGGCACCAUCGGUCAGCUCUCGCCACCAAACGGAUGGAGCUGUUACGCCCGUGACGGAUGCCGAGCACAUGACACCGUUGCCAUCGCUCCUCAAUGGCGACGUGAGCCAAACGAACACGAUCGAAUUGCCCAAGGUGGCGCCGUACGGCCUCCAGCCCAGCGAGACACCUGUGCCCGAAGUCAUCCAGACUGGCGUUGUAGAGAAACCGGUGGUCAUUCGCCAAAAGACGGAAGACGAUGAGGAUGAAGAAGACGAUGACGAUAGCGGAGAUCUCCAAGGACGGAUGUUUACAGCAGCUGGAACGGAGAUUGAACGGGCAAGUGCGGGCAACGCCAAACUGACGGCGGCCGAAAAAGCGUCUAAUCCGGAGCAGCCGGACGAGUUUGGCUACACGCAAAAGAAAAUCCAUAAAAGAUGGGGCGACCUGAAAGGCGACAUUGUUCGCGUGGAUCUGGACCGAGCGGGUCCCGGCGGGAGCAGUCUGUCGACGACGAGCCUUGGCCUGAGUCUUGCCGGACACAAGGACCGUGCCGUGAUGGCCGUAUUCAUAUGCGGCCUCAAUCCGAGCGGCAUCGCCUACAAGGACGGCCGUCUCCAGGUAGGGGACGAGCUGGUCGAAGUCAACGGCAACGUCAUUCACGGCCGGUGUCAUCUGAACGCCUCGGCCAUCAUCAAAUCGAUCGGCGGCGCCCGCGUCACCAUUAUUGCCUUGAGGAGAGAAGGCGCCCUACAAGAAGUGGCCGUCCCGCCAAUCACUCGAUUCCCCAUCACUCUGGAAGAGCUGCCGCCCGAAGAGCGCUACUCUCGUUUCAAAAACUUGCGCAUCAUCACUCUCAAAAAGGGCUCGGCUGGACUGGGCAUUAUGAUCAUCGAAGGUCGGCACGCCGACGUUGGCAGCGGCAUCUUCAUUUCGGAUAUUCAGCGGGAUAGCGUUGCGGAAGAAGCCGGACUCGCUGUCGGUGAUAUGAUCCUCUGCGUCAACAAGGACGAGCUGCUAGGCGCUGAUUACGAUACGGCGGCGUCGGUACUCAAGAAAUCGGAGGGUAUCCUGACCAUCGUCGUAUCCAAUCCGAAAUCCAGCGAACCGGCCAAAAAGGAAGAUGCCAAGCCAAAAUUGCCGCCGAAACCGGCGAUCGCACCGAAACCGUCGUCCGUCUCGGCCGGCCGUCUGUUGAAUUCGAGUUCGGCGUUGCACAAUGUGUCUUCGACGUCGUUGCCAUCGACGGCCGUAACGAUGGGCCUGGACGUGCAUUUGGCGACGUCGGCCAGCCAAUCGGCUCCGCAGUCGCCAUUGAACGCCUCGGGCGUUUCGUCUGGCCGUCCCGUUUCCUCCUACACGCCCUCGCAGUCGCCCUCGCCUUCGAUGGCGGCCAUUUCGGCCACGUCGCUCGACGCGGCCGUCGUCAGCGAUUCGCUGACGUCCACCGUGGCCACGGCCACGCCCGUCGAUCCUCUCCCUUCCUUGUCCGCUUCCUCGUCCUCUUCCUCUUUCCUACCGUCCGCCUCGGCGGCCGCUCCGGCCGUCCCCUCCGCAAGGGCGGGCUCAGUGGCGGCCACUUCGGCCGGCUUUAAAAGCGGGCCGACGGCGGCCGCCGGUAGCACCGCAGGCGGCCCUGGCGGCCAUCAGGGCAAAGCGGUGCUCAGGCAGCACGGCGGCCCGUCUUCGCAUUCUAAAGGUUCUCUCGGUGGCAAUUUAGCUAAAGCUCCCGACGAGCCGCUUCCCGAUCCGGCCAUUUGCGAGGUCAAGCCGGGCAAGGAGACGACCAUCGAGGUCAACAAGGACAAACUGGGACUCGGACUGAGUAUCGUCGGCGGAUCAGACACGCUUUUGGGAGCCAUUCUGAUUCACGAAGUGUACCCGGACGGCGCGGCCGCUAGAGACAAGCGGCUCAAGCCCGGAGACCAAAUCCUGGAGGUCAACGGCGAGAGCUUCCGUAACAUCACCCACAGUCGGGCGUUGGCCGUUUUGAGGCAAACGCCGGCCAAAGUCCGGAUGAUGGUCUAUCGCGACGAGACUUCCCUCAAAGACGACGACAUGCUCGAUAUCAUCGAAGUGGAACUGUUGAAGAAACCCGGCCGUGGUCUCGGUCUCAGCAUCGUCGGCCGUCGCAACGGUCCCGGCGUCUACAUUUCCGACGUGGUGAAAGGCGGAGCCGCAGAAGCUGAUGGCCGGCUCAUGCAAGGCGAUCAGAUCCUGACCGUCAAUGGCAACGACUUGCGAACAGCGUCGCAGGAACAAGCGGCAGCCAUCUUGAAGACGGCCAUGGGCAAGAUCGAUCUGAAGGUGGGCCGUCUCAAAGCCGGAGCCGCCAGUCCUCGUUCAGCCACUUCCGCCGAAUCAAGUCCCGCCCCGUCUCACCUGCUGCCGCCAGCGCCACCUAUCCGCGAAGACAGUCUUCCCUUGAUGUUGAACCAUUCGGCCGCCUCGUCGGCCAACGACCCGCCGUUGGUACCUACCCCUACUACCCCUCCACCGCCGCCCUUACCUCCCGUGCCGGCGUUGCCCGCCGCCUCGCUGCACGCCGACACGGCCGUCGCUCCCAUAGCGGCGGCUGUUUCGACGGCUGUGACGCCAACCUCGUCGACGUCAGCGCCCACCUACACUCGCAUCGUUUUGGAGCGAGGAGCCGACGGACUGGGUUUCAGCAUCGUCGGCGGACUCGGCAACCCACAGGGCGACCUCCCCAUCUUCGUCAAGACGGUCUUUGAGCGAGGAGCGGCCGCCCAGUCGAAACUGCGGCCGGGCGACCAGAUCCACGCUGUCGAUUCGACGCUCCUUGAGGGCAAGACUCACCAAGAGGCUGUCGCUCUGCUCAAGAACGCCAAGGGAACUGUCACUCUGACCAUCGUCUCUUGAAUCCAUUUUUUUUUUGUAAUUUUUUUUUUUUUUUUUUUUUUUGUAAUUGUAAAGAUCCGCUUCGUGAAUUCAUUUGGAACCUACGCACCGUUUUGAAUGGAUGGUCUUGUUAUUUUGAAAAAACUUCAGUCCCCGCUCAACGUCAUAUCAAACAAAGAAAGGGAAGAACAAAACAUAAAACGAACCACUUUGAAGACAAUGUUGAAUACGGUUGAUGAAGACCUUCCAUGAUCUAAAUUUUUUUUUUCGUUCAAAAUUCAUUCGUGGGGCAACGUGGCACAUUUUCUUUUUUUUUUUUUAUUCCCAUCGAUUUAUUUAUUAUUAUUUUUUUUUGGAUUUUGCGUUUUGACCUGCUGGAUCAGAAGUGGAUGAACGGCGUUGGCGGUUGUGUUUCUUUUGUUUCUCCAUUUGCAAUUUUUGUUUUGAGAUACAAUGUCGACGAGUGUUUUGCUCUGCCUCGUUCUUUUUCAUUAAGAAAAAACGAUACCCAUUCGGAAAAUGUGCAUUUUCAACUGUCAGUUAUGACGAUGAUUCAUGACCUCUCCUAUCUUCCCUCACUGUUUUUGUUUUUUUGUGGUCCAUGUCACACGUGUUACUGCAACAAUAAGUGCGUGAGUGUGUAUGCGCGUGAGUUGGGCAUCCCUCAUUUCGAUGAUGACCGUUCUUUCCUUUUGCGUUUCUAUCUCUUAAUUGGGGACGUCUGGUCCAUUCCUUUUGUCCAUCUGAUCGAUUAUCGUAGGUUGUUUUUGUCUUAGACUUGCGAUGCAUCCAGUCGAUUCUAAUUGAAACAUUUGUCUUGUCAUUGUUAGACGAAAACAAAAAUAUGUUGAAAGCGUCCCUUGAAAAUGAUAGAGAGAAAAAAAAAAAAUACGAGAGCAAAAGAAAACUAUGAUCAAGUUUAAGGAAAACAAAAUUUUGAUUUGAUAUUUUGAAAAUACGCGGAGAAAUUCGACGAAAAAGCAUUUGUCUAUCAUGGACAAAUCUAUGCAAAAGUGCCCCCCUCCCCUCUCCUUUUUCCUUAUUAUAAUGAUGUUCCCGUGUCUCUUUUUAUUUUCCAAAAAAAAAAAUUGUUUGUAUUGCUCCUCAUGAUACCCGCACUCUCUACACUUUAGAAAGAAAAAAAUUCAAUUCUUCCUUGUCUGCCUGUUUCAUUCCUUUCCCUGUUAACCAUUUGUAAAAGAAUCCUUGUUUGUAUCUCUGGAAAAAAAAAAAAAAUGUUUCUUGAUCUGCCCUGCAGGUGAGUUCCCUCCCCGAUCGGCAGGAAGAUCAUAAGAAGACAACAAAAAAAAAAGAAUGAUGUAUGAUCCAAAAGAUUACGCUGCAAAUUUCGUUUUCAUGUGUGUAUGCAGCUCGGCGAAAUUUGGAUGAAUCGAACCAUGACAAAAAUGAUUGCUUUAAACCACCAUUUAAUUUUCUUGAUUAUAUAUAUACAUAUAGCAAUUGCUCUCGUUAUUUUGUCCUCGCAGUCUUUCCUCUCCUCCUUUUUUUUUUUUCCCUCUAUCUCUCUAUGAAUUGACCUAUUCAUUUGAUACCUUUACUCAUUGACACUACCGUGCAUCCUCACUGUAGCCUGUUAAAGAAAUAUAUUUGCAAUAACAAGA